AUGGCUUCGAUGUUCAAACCACCUGAAUCCAAUAGGAGUCACCAAAAGACUCCAAGAUUGACUCUUCCAGUGAACUUACUUCAAAACGUGAAACCCGCUAAUGAUGCUCAAGUUCUAAACCGUUCACCCUACUCGUCGGUGAAUGAAAGUCCAUGUUCAAACAAUAGUACUUCUGCUACCUCGGCUGAAUCAUCUAUGGCGUCAAAUUCAACGUUAUUGUACAAUAGAUCAUCCACGUGUACAAAAUCUACUUUAACAAUGAAAAACAGACCAGUACCACCUCCAUUACCACCGUUGGUACUGACACCAAAAAAAGAAGCUAAAGAAUAUAAAGUGGCUAAUGAUAUGUUGCUUUCUGAGAAGUUCUCAAAUUUGCAUAUUGACACCACCUACACGGAACCACCGUCUAGUGGUCAUUCCUCCGCUAAACUAAUCAAGAUAAACACCUCUUCAAUGAUGAAGGAUUACGGCGUAACAGAUGGCGAGGAAUCAUACCCAUCAACACUUCUUUCGGCGUAUGACCUAAGCAGUAGCGGAAGUAACACCACCCCUAUAAGUGCGACCAACAUGAGCUCUUGUUCCACCUUAAUACAAGGGAAGGAUGUAGAUCAAUUAGAAGAAGAAGCAUGGAAGUUUGGGCAUCUGAAAAAUGAGAUCACCACAUUAGGAAUAUUAGGGGAAGGUGCGGGUGGUUCCGUCGCUAAGUGUCGAUUAAAGAAGGGAAAGAAAAUUUUUGCAUUAAAGACAAUUAACACUAUGAAUACAGACCCAGAAUAUCAAAAGCAAAUUUUUAGAGAGUUACAAUUCAAUAAGAGUUUCAAAUCCAAUUAUAUCGUACAGUACUAUGGUAUGUUUACUGACGAACAGAGUUCUUCUAUAUACAUUGCCAUGGAAUAUAUGGGAGGAAGAUCACUUGAGGCAACUUAUAAAAACUUGCUAAGACGUGGUGGUAGAAUAAGUGAGAGGGUGAUAGGAAAGAUAGCGGAGUCAGUAUUAAGGGGCUUAUCGUACUUACAUGAAAGAAAAAUCAUUCAUAGGGAUAUUAAACCUCAAAAUAUCCUUCUUAAUGAAAAGGGAGAAGUAAAACUAUGCGAUUUUGGUGUCAGUGGAGAGGCUGUGAACUCUCUAGCAAUGACAUUCACUGGAACUUCAUUUUAUAUGGCCCCAGAACGAAUACAGGGCCAACCAUAUAGUGUGACGUGCGAUGUUUGGUCUUUGGGGCUAACCCUACUGGAAGUUGCUGGAGGGAAAUUUCCUUUUAAAUCUGAAAAAAUAACGCAAAAUGUGGCGCCCAUAGAAUUAUUGACCAUGAUUCUGACCUUUUCUCCUCACUUGAAAGAUGAACCUGAAUUAGAUAUAUGCUGGAGCAAAACUUUCAAAUCUUUUAUUGAAUAUUGUUUAAAGAAAGAUGCUUCAGAAAGGCCUUCUCCCAGGCAAAUGUUAAAGCAUCCGUGGAUUAUGGGGCAAAUGAAGAAGAAAGUUAAUAUGGAAAGAUUUGUGAGGAAAUGUUGGGAAAACGAAGAAGAGGAGAGGUAG